UUUUUUUUUUUUUAAUGCUGAGUUACCGCACCGCUCCGCUGAGCCCCGGCGAGCCGAAGACGUCCCCCGGCGGCUUUCCUGGCUGGCGACGCUGAGGGAUUUUUGCAUUUUUGGGGAGAGGGGGGGACCGCGCGGCUCUUUCCUUUCACGCUGGCCUCACGGAGGAUUUAUUAGAAGUUGAAGUAGGAAGGGAGCGAGCAGGCCGAUGGCGCAAAGGUACGACGAGCUGCCCCACUACGGCGGCAUGGAGGGGGUGGGCAUCCCCACCACCAUGUACGGGGACCCGCACGGCGCCCGCCCCAUGCAGCCCGUGCACCACCUGAACCACGGGCCGCCGCUCCACUCGCACCAGUACCCGCACGCCGCCCACGCCAACGCCAUGCCCCCUGCCAUGGGCGCCUCGGUCAACGAUGCCCUCAAGAGAGAUAAAGAUGCCAUCUACGGGUACACGAAUUAUGUGACAAUUUCUGCCACCGGUAUAUUAGCUGUUUGAAAGGAAAAAUGCCUAUCGAUUUGGUCAUAGACGAUAGAGAGGGCGGAUCAAAAUCGGACAGCGAGGACAUAACGCGGUCGGCAAACCUCACCGAUCAGCCCUCCUGGAACAGAGACCACGACGACACGGCAUCGACGCGCUCCGGGGGAACCCCCGGGCCCUCCAGUGGGGGACACACAUCGCACAGUGGGGACAACAGCAGUGAGCAAGGUGACGGCUUGGACAACAGUGUAGCUUCCCCCAGCACAGGUGAUGAUGAUGAUCCAGAUAAGGACAAAAAGCGACAUAAAAAGCGUGGCAUCUUUCCCAAAGUAGCCACAAAUAUCAUGAGGGCAUGGCUGUUCCAGCAUCUAACACACCCUUACCCUUCAGAAGAACAGAAAAAGCAGUUGGCACAAGACACAGGGCUCACUAUACUUCAAGUGAACAAUUGGUUUAUUAAUGCUAGAAGAAGAAUAGUUCAGCCCAUGAUAGACCAGUCCAAUCGAGCAGUAAGCCAAGGGACGCCCUACAACCCCGACGGGCAGCCGAUGGGAGGCUUCGUGAUGGACGGCCAGCAGCACAUGGGCAUCCGAGCGCCAGGACCUAUGAGUGGAAUGGGCAUGAAUAUGGGCAUGGAGGGGCAGUGGCACUACAUGUAACCUUCACCUAGGUACCCAAUGGCAAAGCCAGGGGGAAGGCUGCAAAGUGUGCCAGGGGAUUAUGUGUCUCGGGGUAGUCCAAUGGGUAUGAACAUGGGACAGCCAAGCUAUACCCCGCCCCAGAUGCCCCCCCAUCCCGCUCAGCUGCGUCACGGCCCCCCCAUGCAUACCUACAU